AUGGGCUUUGCCUGUCGUCAUCACGUCACUCCUCUGUUUCAGUCUAUAGACUUGGAGAAAGGUGUCCCAGCAUCACUCGUCAUUAAGGAGAAUGGACCUGACACAGUCCUGUUGAACAGUGACUCGGAGGAAGGACUGGCGAUCAAUGGGGAAACUCCCCCCAAGGAGAGGGGCGCUUGGUCCGUAUCCACGGAAGGCCCAGAGAGGCACGCCAAGCCCCGUGGGUGUGGACCCUCUGAUGAGGAUCCUGGCGGGCUGACGUUCACAGUGAAGGCUGAAGAAGGGAAGGAUCACGUCACCCCGAGGCUCAGGAAGGCAGGGCCUGGAAGGCUGCCCAGCCCGGGUGCUGAGUGUGCGCCUGUGAGAGACAGUCGCCCGAGGGCCACGUCCGCACGAAGCUACAGGGACGCAGAGUCUGAAGGUCCACAUUUCACUCUCGCUGCUGGGGAUUCACGGCAACUGUCGGCUAAUGGCGGGCUACAGCGGGUUCCCACCACGGAAGGUUCCGGUGGCAGCGCAUCCCCUCUGGGAUCUUUUGAUGCGAAGCCCCGAGAUGCUGAGUCAGGUUUUGCAUGCGUCAAAGAGGAGGCCGAGAGUCGGUCUGUGUGCGACGAGGAGGCCAAGCUAGAGGUGGGUGAGGGACAGCAGCAGCAGGAAGGGGAGAGGCCGCACUCAGUAAAAAGCGAGAACUUUGUGUUUCAGACCAGCCUGCAGCAACGCCAGACGUCAGAGGUACAAACAAGAGUGAGUCAGAGCACUGUGGAUUCCGGCUCAGACGCUGAAGACGAGCAGGGAAACGCCCUGAGCUUCAGCGUGGCUGAGAACACGAGCAUGCACUGGAGGGCCGACGCAGGUGAGUCAGUGGACGGACAUUUUGGACUGGGUUUCCCCCACCUCAACAAUAUCCAUCAGCGAGCGUACGCGGGAGAGAAACCAUUCAGCUGCGCACAGUGCGGAAAGACUUUCAGCCACCGGAACAAUCUCUAUCGCCACCAGAGAAUACACACGGGGGAGAAACCUUUCGCCUGCACGCAUUGUGGAAAGAGUUUCACUCACCAGAGUAACUUGUAUGAACACGAGCGAAUUCACACAGGAGAGAGACCUUUCAGUUGCGUCAUAUGUGGGAAGAGUUUCACUCAGCAGAGUAAUCUUAAAAGACACCAGAGGAUACACACAGGGGAAAGGCCAUUUAUCUGCACACAUUGUGGGAAGACUUUCACACGCCUGUUGCACCUAAAAAUACACCAACAGAUUCACAUUGGAGAGAGACCCCAUGGCUCUUUCGAGUACAGGGAGAGCUGCUGAUCAUCAUUGUUGUUUUUGGGAUCUGGGUGCUUGAAUUGAGCAGAAGGAGCAGUUUUUUCCCAGUCUCUGCUCAAAGCUGCUGUCUAUCUAAGUUAAUAUGGGCUCAGCUAUAUCAGUAUUUGAUUGGAUCAUUGAGCAUUAUAAUAGUGACGUCUUA